AUGGGGUACUCAGAUAUCGAAAAGCAAGCUGCUGUAAGCAAGGAGGUCAAUGCGGGGACAUCGCAAUCAUCCUCAAGAUCACUAGAUUUUAGCUCUUCAGCCAGCGAUGACCGAAACUCACAUUGGCAAAGAUUUAUCGACUCAUUUAAACCUAUAGACUUGGAAGAAGAUGGAAUUGAUACCACCAAUUUAUCCCCUAUGGAAAAGUCUAUCCUAGCAUCGGCAAAGCAUCCCUUGGCUAGACGAUUAAAAUCGAGGCAUUUACAAAUGAUUGCCAUUGGUGGUAGUAUCGGAACGGGGUUGUUUGUUGGUAGUGGAUACGCUUUGGCCAAUGGUGGUCCUGGGGCUGUAUUAAUAGGGUAUGUCAUAGUGGGUUAUGCCCUUUUAACAGUAGUCAAUGCCCUUGGUGAGCUAUCUGUGCAAUUCCCAGUUAGUGGAUCUUUCAAUGCAUUCUUUACUAGGUUUGUUGACCCAUCAUGGGGAUUCUGCUUGGCGUUGAUGUAUUAUGUGAGUUGGGCAAUUUCGUACCCGUCAGAAAUUAUCGCAGCAGCAAUGACAAUUCAAUUUUGGAAUACCUCAAUUAGUCCCGCCGUGUGGGUCGCAAUCAUAUGGGUUGUCAUUUCCUCAAUCAAUUUAUUUGGUGUUAAAGGAUAUGGUGAAGUUGAGUUUGUCUUGUCAAUUAUCAAAGUUUUGGCAGUAAUUGGCUUUCUUAUAUUGGGAAUCUGUAUCACCUGUGGUGUCGGUGAUCAAGGAUACAUUGGUGGGAAAUAUUGGCACAAUCCUGGUGCAUUCAACCACGGAUUCAAAGGAGUUUGCUCUGUUUUCAUCAGUGCUGCGUUUUCAUUUGGUGGUAUUGAGUUGGUGGCUUUAGCUGCUGCAGAAACCGAAAAUCCACGCAAGGCACUCCCCAAAGCAACAAAGCAAGUAUUUUGGCGGGUAACCAUUUUUUACUUGUUGACUUCAAUUGUAAUUGGCUGUUUAGUUCCAUAUACAAACACAGAUUUAUUAGAUGGGGAAGGUAUAGCUGCAUCGCCAUUUGUUAUUGCUAUAAAUCAAGGCGGAAUCAAAGUUGUGCCACACAUCAUGAAUGCAGUGAUAAUUGUUGCUGUGAUCUCAGUGGGGAACUCCUCCGUGUAUGGAGCUUCACGUACAAUGGCAUCUUUAGCAGCACAAGGAUUAAUACCGGAAGUGUUUGGGUACAUAGAUCGACAAGGAAGACCAUUAGUUGCUAUUGGUAUCACCACCCUCAUUGGCCUAUUAGGAUUCCUCGUGGUGAAUGAAAACGAAGGAGCUGUGUUUACCUGGUUCUUUUCAGUUUGUUCUUUGGCAUCUUUCUUCAUAUGGGGGUUUAUCAACUUGACCCACUUGAGAUGGAGAUGGGCGUUAUACGCCCAAGGAAGAUCCAAAGAUGAAAUUAUCUUUAGAUCCCCAUUGGGCACAUUUGGAUCUUGGACAGGAAUGGCAUUAUUGAUAUUCAUUAUUGCUGUAUUGAUUUGGGUAAGUAUAUUCCCCAUCGGUGAAAGUGGUGCUGAUGUAGUCACAUUUUGGCAAAAUUGUUUAUCGUUACCACUCAUUGUUGUAAUCUUUGUUGCUCAUAAAACCUAUCACAAAACAUGGAACCAUUUGUGGGUGAAAUUGGAUCAGAUAGAUUUGGAUACUGGUAGACGUGAGAUCAAUAUUGAAGUGUUGAAGCAGGAAAUAGCUGAUGAAAAGCAAGACCUUUCAGAGGCUCCUAUUUGGUAUAGAGUUUAUAGAUUUUUUUGUUAG